AUGCAAAAUAAUGACACAACCAAGACAGAUGCCUUCUCCAAUUUGAUGGACAAUCUCUUUGUGAAAGUUAAACGACACGAUGUAUCUGAGCAUGAUAGGACAUUUGCCAAGUUUUAUGAUUUGGAUAGUGAUGAAUAUGGAUAUGUGGAUCCAAAAACAGAUCCAAACAAUAGGACUGUGACUGAGAAUGGAGCUACAACCUUCAGCUCAUCAGGAUCAAAUCUUGUUGAUUUCUUUUAUUUCACAGUGGAGGGAAUUUCUCAACAAAAAAUUCACAAAUUGUUGGAUGCAAGUUGGAGAGAACAACCAUUGAAAACUCUUAAAGUAAUCUUCUUCAUUAGAGAUAUUAGAAAUGGAAAGGGUGAAAAUGAAAUCUUUUACGAAACUCAAAGAUGGCUUGCAUUAAAUCAUCCUCAAACAUUCCUUGAAAAUCUCAAAAAUGUUCCAACAUCUGGUUAUUGGAAAGAUUUACAAAACGUAUUGCUCUACAUUCGAUAUGGUGGUCAUGAGCGAGACGAACGUCCUAAUUGGGCUAAGGAAAAAAAUGUAUUAUUGAAACGGUUGCCAUCAGAAAAAUCACUCUAUGAGAAAGCCAUUUUCCAAAAGAGGCGUUCAUAUAGACCAAUUAAAACAGAAGAAGAUAGAAGAAUAAGAGAGAAAGAUAUUGCCAAUCAGGUCAAGCAGUCAUUCUCACCAAACGAGUUGUGGAACCAAGAAGUAAGAAAUACUGAAAAAUUGGUUCUUACAAAGGAGGAAAGUAAGAAGUUGAAAUUGGUUUAUGAGAAGGCUAAGGAUAUAGUUGUUGAUUUGUAUGUGGACCAAUUAUUGAAGGAUCGUGAAAACCUUUCUAAGGGAGAAGUAAAAUCUCUAACAUUAUGCGCUAAAUGGGCUCCCACUAUUAAUCUAUCAACUGAUAGACAGUUGGGUAUUGGUAAACAAAUAGCUCAGAAACUUUUCCCAUUCGAUCAACCUGAUGGUAUUCAACUUACAAUUAGAAAAGAAGGAAAGGGAGAUAAGAAAUACACAGACCAACAAGUUUACAGAUAUUUGGCAAAUAUCAAGUAUCAAAAGCUGUUGAGAGAUUUGAGAAAGGCAACUGUUACUAUUGAAACAUUCAUGUCAUCAAAAGAGUGGUCCAAUAUUCCAUACGAAAGGGUACCUUCUGUUUGUAUGAAUAAGAAGAAGAAAUUAUUUUCCUUAAAAGACAAUGAAAGAUUUGUAUCUUUUUUGGAAAGUGUUAAAAAAGGAGAAAAGAAGAUUAAUGGAGCUGUUCUAUUCCCUCACCAACUGAUUGAACAGUUAUAUGCCUCACACUCAAAAGAAGUGAGUGAUACUAUUGAGCUACAAUGGAGAGAAAUUGUAAAGAAUGUAAAAGAGAAAUCAGACAAUGGAAUAUUCAACUGUAUUCCUGUUUGUGAUGUGAGUGGAAGUAUGAAUGGCACACCUUUAAACGUCUGUGUAGCAUUAGGUCUAUUAAUGUCUGAAAUUAAUACUGGAAUAUUUAGAAAUAAGAUUAUUACCUUCUCUGAAAACCCAUCCUUUGUCGAUUUAUCUGGAAUUGAAGGUGUUAAAGAGAGGUUUGAUAAUCUAUGCAAGGCCGAUUGGGGAAUGUCCACCAAUUAUAUAUCCACUUUUAAAUUAAUAUUGGAAAUGGCAUUGAAAAAUAAUCUACCAAAGGAUCAAAUGAUUAAGAAGGUUGUUGUCUUUUCAGAUAUGCAAUUCAAUGAAAGUAGUGCUGAUACGACAAGCCAUCAAGAAAUUGUGGACAUGUUCGCUGAACAUGGUUAUGAAGCCCCUGGAAUAAUUUAUUGGAAUCUAAGAGGAGAUGUCGAUAAUAUUCCAAUCACAGUGACAACAGAUAAUGUUGCUUGCAUGUCUGGAUUUAAUGCAAUUCUAUUGAAAAUGUUGAUGGAUAUGGACUUGAGCAUUGAAGGUCUUGUUGAUGCUUCCAUUAAAGAUUAUGAUUUUGUAACAUUACACGACUAG